GAAAAACCAAAACUAAGAAAAUAAAACAACAACCAAAAUAUACAGGAGAGCAGCUCAGCAUUACUAGCUUUAGAAGAAAACCUGCAAAAAUAAACCCUCUGGAAGCUUCCUUAAUGGAGAGCAGAUAAUCAGAUGGAGCAGCCAAGCUGGUCGUCUGAACCCCCAACUCAUCCACUCCCCGGGGGCUGGGACGAGCAGAGCACUCAUCAAAUUACAGAGAUCUGUCAUCCUAAACCCUCGCUAUCAAGUGACAGAGGAUGCACUGAAACACCUGCAAAGCUGCACAGGAGGGCACAGGGAAGAAGAGCCUUUCAGCAUCCUCCAGCCAGGGCCGGGGCUCGCCGGGGCUCGCAGCAUCCGGGCCGGGGCUCGCCGCGGCGCUCGGGAGCUGGCAGCAGCCGUGUGCCAGCAUGCCGGCGCAGCAGAAGAAGCUGCUGUUCUGCACGGCCGGCGUGCUGAGCCUGGCCUGCGCGCUGGGCACGGCGGCGGCCGUGGGCAGCCAGCUCUGGGUCAGGGGCACGACCCUCUGCAGCACCGGAGCGCUGCUCGUCAACGCCAGCGGCGCGGAGCUGCACAAGUUCAUCGGCGACAUCCAGUACGGGCUCUUCUCCGGGCAGCGGGUGCGGCAGUGCGGGCUCGGGGGCAGACCCGUCCAGUUCUCAUUUUUUCCAGAUUUGCUCAGAAUUAUCCCUGCAAGCAUCCACGUUAGUGUCAUUCUCUUCUGUACGGUGCUGAUUGUCUUUGCCCUGGUGGGAGCAGGGUUCUUCAUGUUCAAUGCUUUUGGCAGCCCCUAUGAGACGCUGCACGGCCCCGUGGGGCUCUACCUGUGGAGCUUCAUCUCCUGUUCCUGUGGCUGCCUCAUCAUGAUUCUCUUCUCCUCAGAGGUGAAGAUCCACCACCUUUCAGAGAAAAUUGCUAACUUCAAAGAGGGAACUUUUACAUUCAAGACUCACAGUGAGCAGUUUGCAAAUUCCUUCUGGACCAUCCUGGUUUGCUCCCUGGUGCACUUCCUCAAUGCCCUGCUAAUCCGAUUUGCUGGAUUUGAAUUUCCCUUUUCAAAACCAAAAGAUUCAGGGACAAUCACAGGAGCAGUUGACUUGAUGUAUUAAAAUGAUGGGAUUUAAGAACACUUCAAGCAAAGAAAUUUGUCACUGUUACAUCAACAACCACCAGAUGUACCAACUUGUGAAUGAUUGCUCUAGAGAAGGUAAAAAAAAAGGAAGUUUCAAAUAAGUGUUACUAUGGUGUAAGCAGUGAACAAAAGAAGAUGUGCUGUAUGGUAAUGUCUGGAUGGAAAAACCCUGUAAGACAUUUUUUUUUCUUUAAACUGUUUAAAAAGUGGCUGGUAUGAAGCAACAUAGGAAUCUCAGUAGCAUGGCACUGAACCUGGAAAGUCCAGUCAGUGGGUUGCAGUAGAAGCUCACACUCACCAGCAGCAGCUCUGCCCUUCAGCCCUGGGGAAGGCGAGGAUGCAGCUGUGACCACGUCAGAGCAGCAGGGCCCAGGGACACCCAGCAAGGGACAGGACAAUGCCCAGGCUCUGCCCCAGCACCCCUCAGCUCAAGUGCAGCGCUCAGAGGGCACAACACUAACACCUGCACUUUGAUCUGGCUCCACAGGCAUGGCAUCAGCAUCAUCCCUCUCCAUGGAGCUCUCUGGGCUUUUCCUUUUACCAAACCAAACUGCUCCAAACCCAAAGUCCUGGGAGCCCUCGUUUCCCCAGCAGUUGCUGCAGCUUGGUGACAAAGCUGGCACAGCAGAUGCAGGGGAGAUGCCACGUGCUCCUGCUUGCCUGAGGGAGGCAGCCAGGCUUGGCAGAGCUGAACAGACCCUCUGCAGCUCAUCAGGCAAAGGGCAUGUCCCAGGGCAGGGCCACAGGAGUGAGCCCAGGUACCUCCACCUUCCACUGCCCCCCCAGAGAACAGCCCUGCAAGUUCUUAUCAAACAAUACCAAUAAACCCCAUCAGAACCCCUGGUGAAGGGCAGCAAUAACAGCAGACAGGCUGCAGCUCAGCAAGGACUGAGGAACAAACACAGGAGGGUCUGGCGUGGGAAGCCAGAACAGACAGGUGCAUCAGCCCUCGCCUCUGGACAUCCCCAAGUCAGCUAAAGCACGAGAUGCUUCCCCAGGCAGAGCAUCAUCCCACCAAACACUGCCUCUGUGGGUUACCUGGGUGCCUUGGAGAUGAGCUGCUCCUCACAGGACACAGAAACAGUCCCCAGAACCAAGAGAGGCAGAGAGGCCCUGCCCCAUUUAUCUGCAGGGGCUGUGCCCAGCUGUGGGUGAGGAGCAAUCCCUGGCAGCUGGAGUGAGGAGCAAUGCCAGCCAGCAUCCACCCAGUGCCCAGGUACAGAUCAGACCCAGGUAUCACAGCCCUCUGCACUUCAGGAUCGACCAGCCCACGAGGCCUUACUGACUUUGAUGUCAUAUUUUUGUAUUUUUACUGUGAAAGGCAAAACACUGCCAGGUUGUUGCAAAGGUUUGUCAGCUGUGUCUUCCCCCAGGUAGCUCUGCCUCUGCAUCUCCCUGGAUUUUAUCAGUGUGGAAGGGCUUCCGCAACUCAGCACAACUCCCAGCUUUUUUCAUCAUUUUCUUCAUAAACUGUAUGCAUAUUCCUCCUAUUGUUAAUAUACGUUCUUAAAGCAUACUUUGUGUUGCAUCUCAUGGUAUUGUUUACUGCACAGCAAACCCAGACACAUUCCUUUACCGUGCAGACAGGAGCGGCCCCAGCCUGGGGUCUGGGAGCCCUCACAGGGGUCCCUGUGCCCAAAGCCCAGCCUGACCACCCCACAUCCCACCCUGCACCCAAACACCAGCCCAGCUAUUCCUAAGGCAAACAGCAACUCCUUACCAGCAAAAUAAAACGAAAACAAUGCUUGUGGGUUUUACGGGCUGGACGAGCAGGUAUGGUCUGCCCAGAGCAAACUGUGAGGAAGCCCCAGGACAGACCCUGCAGGAACCCCAGGAAGGACCCGGGGGAGCCCCAGCAUGGACCCUGGACCUCUUUGCAUCCAGGAAAAUGCCCCUGCUCCUGCCCCACUUUGGAAAACACCCCUGCUCCUGCCCCGUGCUGGAAAAUACCCUGCUCCUGCCCCACUUUGGGAAAUACUCCUGUUCCUGCCCCAUGCUGGAAAAUGCCCUGCUCCUGCCCCG